GUCACAUCGGAGUUUUCCCUGCAACUCCCCUUUGCAGAAAUACCGACGGACCUUAUACGCACGGACGAGUUUUAAUUGUUUUUUUUUAAAAAAAAUGGCUCUUUUACCGUUUUUUGUCACCCUGGCCUGGCAUAUGGCCGGCUUACUUUUAUUUGUGUUGUUUUUAGCAUUUCUCUGCUUCUGCGCCUACGUCAAGUAUGUGCACCUGAAGUAUGAUCACAUACCUGGACCACCGAGGGAAAGCUUUCUCUUCGGGCAUUCUCCACGUAUUGUGAGGACAAUGAAAAACGACGCUCUGACACACGACUUAUUUCUGGAAUGGGCCGAGCGUUAUGGACCAGUGUGCAGGAUCAAUAUGCUGCAUCACGUCCUUGUCUUUGUUACUCACCCAGAAACAGUCAAGGAGAUCUUGAUGUCCUCCAAGUAUCCCAAAGACCUGUUCCUCCACAAGCGACUCUUCAGCAUAUUUGGUCAAAGGUUCUUGGGCAAUGGGCUGGUAACAGCGAGGAACCAUGACCAGUGGUAUAAACAACGGCGGAUCAUUGACCCCGCCUUUAGCAGCUUGUACUUGAGGAGUCUAACGGGUACGUUCAACGAGCGAGCCGAGAAGCUGAUGACAAAACUGUCCGACAUCGCCGACAAAAAGUCGGAGGCCCGCAUGCUGGAGAUGGUCAACCGAGUCACCUUGGAUGUCAUCGUCAAGGUGGCGUUCGGCAUGGAUAUAGAGCUCCUGGAGGACACGCCUUUCCCCAACGCCAUCGAGACGUGCCUCCAAGGGAUGGUCUAUAACUUACGCAACGUCCUCUUUCAGUUCUAUCCCAAAAACUGGGCCUUGGUGGAGGAAGUGCGCGCCGCGUGCAAGCUGCUGCGCUCCACCGGCACCGAGUGGAUCCACAACAGGAAGGUGGACAUCCAGAGAGGCAGCGACGUGCCCAAAGACAUCCUCACGCAGAUCAUCAAGUCGGCCGGAAAAGAGGAAAGCAUGACCAAAGAAGACGAAGAGUUCAUGCUGGACAAUUUUGUGACCUUCUUCAUCGCCGGACAGGAAACCACGGCGAACCAGCUGGCAUUUUGCAUCAUGGAGCUCGCCAAACAUCCGCACAUCAUGGAAAAAGCUCAGAAGGAGGUGGACGAUGUCAUCGGGAUGAAGCAAGAAAUUAGCUACGACGAUCUUGGGAAACUUGUUUACCUCUCACAGGUUCUAAAAGAGACUUUGAGGAUUUACCCAACAGCUCCAGGAACGUCCCGUGAGCUCAUCAAUGACAUCGUCGUCGACGACAUCCGUGUUCCAGCCGGAGCCGUCUGUAUCUUCAGCUCAUACGUGUCCAGCAGAAUGGAAAAGUUCUUUGAGAAUCCCCUGGAAUUUAACCCAGAUCGCUUUCAUCCGGAUGCUCCCAAGCCUUAUUACUGCUACUACCCCUUUUCUCUCGGCCCGCGUUCCUGCCUGGGUCAGAACUUUGCUCAGAUGGAAGCCAAAGUGGUGAUGGCCAAGUUGCUGCAGAGGUUCGACUUCGCCCUGAUGCCGGGCCAGAGCUUGGACAUCCGCGACCUGGGCACGUUGCGGCCCAAAGGUGGCGUGGUGUGCGCCGUCACACACAGGAAGCACUGUGGGCAGUGAACACGCACAAAAUGGCGGCAUCACAUCCUUUCAAAAGUAUUCUUCAUUGCUCGCCGCUUGAGUCUUUAGCUACACCAAAUAUAUCUUCUUUCUUUUACAAACUUCACUGACAGCUGCCGUCCAAUCAGAAACGCUGAAAGCUAACAAAUGCACUUUAGUGAUGACAUUUUUUAGUUGAUUAUGAAUCCAGUGGAAUGCAUUACGCUUUUUUGAUCACUAUUGUGAAAAUAAUCAAUAGGCUAAUAUAUUGCACUAUUCAUGAAAUAUGAAUAUACUUGAUUUAUUAAGCAUUAUCAUUUUUUUAUCUGUAUUCAGUUGCAAUAAGUGCAUUUUAAUGUAAUAAAAUGUA